AUGUCUACGGAUACUGCAGAUACCUGGAUGUCCAUGGAUACUGCAGAUACUCAUGGAUACUUAUAUGUAGAGAACUGCAACACCACGGGGGAGGAACCUGGAAUGUCUAUGACAUACUUACAAA